AUGUCCUCCAAAUCCGUCCUCAUCCUCCUCUCCCACGGGACCGAAGAGAUCGAGUUCGCAACAGUCUACGACGUUUGUGUUCGUGCCGGUCUCUCCCCCAAAUCCGUCUUCGUAGGUUCUUCCUCCCAAUCAGCCGAAGACCCCCAUGGCGUCUCCUCUUCGACGCCCGAAGCACCCUAUGCUGCCACUCUCUCGCGCGGGCUAAAGGUACUGCCGGACUUGAAGUUACCGGACUUGGCUGGGGGGAAGAAGGCGUUCGAGUUCGACGCAGUGGUUAUUCCUGGUGGAGCCGAGGGGGCAAAGACGAUUAGCGAGAAUGGCGAUGUACAGAGCCUCAUUGCAAAGUAUUAUGCAGAUGGGAAAGUCGUCGCAGCGAUUUGCGCGGGGGUGUUGGCAGUCAAGACGAGUGGGAUCGCAAAGGACUCGAAGCUGACGAGUCAUCCGAGCGUAAAGGAUGAGCUCUCCAAAGACUACCGCUACUCCGAGGACCGGAUCGUCAUUUCAGACAAUCUAAUCACAUCGCGCGGACCCGGCACCUCCCUCCUCUUCGCACUAAGUCUCGUCGAGAAGCUCCUUGGCCCAGAGAAGCGCGAGGAGAUUUCCGGACCGAUGAUCUUGUCCGAUAAGCUCUAG